AUGACGUGGAAGGUGGGUGGGCUGCUAAAGAACAGGGUGCUGAUGCUGCUUCUCCACUCAGCCACAGGUGAUGCUAUUCAAUAUCUGUUUCAGAUGGCCAGCUCAUGGGGACCUCAUGUUGCAAAGUGUUCUCCUGCUACGUGGUCUGCCUGCCUGACAUGGUGUCAACAUGCUCUCACUCUCCAGCUGCCCACGAAUGCACCAAACCCAUCCAGACAAACCAUUACGAACACAUUCCUCAAGCAUGUACCUGAGGUGAAGAAGGAGACCCUUGUAGACUUUCUCAUCCGUUCUUUCGUUUAUGUUGACCUGUACUUUGCAUAUCUCGAAAUCAACCAGCUCAUCUGCCUUGAUGGCAUCAAUGGUGAUGAGCUGACCAUCUACCACCUUAACUUGGCUGCAAAGCCUGACCAGCCAAUGAUGAGUAUGCACAUCUCAUCCAGUCCUAGUAUCUUACAUUUCACACAGGUUUGGCCCACUCCUUUUGGCCGUGACUUUUCCAAGGAGAAAGCAUACAUCCAGAAGCUCGAUGCUUCACCCAGUGCUUUCCUCAAGCUUACCAUUGUCAGUCCAGAGGGCUGCAUCUGGAUGAUGGUCGCUGGUGGUGGUGCAUCCAUCGUGUAUGCCAUCACUGCUCACAGCUUUGCAUAUGAGCUCCCGAACUAUGGCGAAUACUCCAGCACGCGGACUGAAGAUCAGACAUAUGAAUAUGCGAAGAUGAUCAUUGACAUCAUCACCCAUGGAAGCUUCGUCCUGAUGGCAAGAUCCUCAUCAUUGACAGGUAUUAUCUGCCUGCUGAAGGAGUACAAGGCUCCACUGAUUGCCAAAGAUCUACAUCUGUCAUGGUGGUCCAAAUUACCAGGAGGGUCUCAAGGCAAUGCAUCUUCUGGGUCUAUCGAAGAGCAGACUUGCAGUCUCAAGAUGGAUUGA